GAAUUAUUUUCUCCAAUGGCCUCACCUGGAAACAGCAGCGACGCAUUGGCGUCACUUCUCUGCAGACACUCGGCCUGGGGAAGAAAAGCAUUCAGCAUCAAAUAGAAGAUGGAGCUCAGACACUGGUGGAGGUCUUUAGACAAACAAAAGGACAGCCAUUUGACCCAUCACUCCUGGUCCUAAAUGCAAUUUGUAACAUCAUAUGUGCUUUGAGUUUUGGACAUCAAUUUGCUCAUGAAGAUGAAAACUUCCAGAAACUAACUCAUGCCCUUAAAAUUAUUGUGAAUUUCACUGGUGAAUUUUUCCAUAUUAUGUAUGGAUUGUUUCCACAAAUAAUGAAGUACCUCCCAGGCCUUCAUAAGGAGGCCCUGGCUUCUAGAGAGCUGAUCCUCUCCUUUGCAAAGCAGGAAAUAGAGAAACACAAAGAAUCUCACUCUCUGCAUGAGCCACAAGAUUUCACUGACCGCUGUCUGCUUCAGAUGGAGUAGAGCAGGAAUGAUCCCAACUCUACCUACAAUGAAGAGAACCCGGCUCAGUGUAUUUUGGAUUUUUUUGGUGCUGGAACAGAGACAACUUUCACUACUCUGAUGUGGGCGCUGCU